UGACUUAAACUGGCGUAUCAGGAUAGACCCAAACAGGAAGUAUGGACGCUAGAGCUGAAAGUCAAAAGAGAGCAAGAUUCCUAAAACAGAACCGUUUAGAAGCCCGGUUUUUACUGUAAGAUGUGUCUUUAGCUUCUCGUUUUUGCUCAUAAAAUUUAGCAGUGGAGAUGAUGUUUCAAACGGUUACGAGGGCCCUUCUUUUGUCAUCAAUGACACCAGUUUGCCGUUCGGGUGUCACUGUCAGGCGUUACUGCAUGAAGAAUCCAACUAAACUUCGCGUUUCUGAAGCUUUUUUAGAUGCUCAAGUGGGAGAAAAUGUCCGAAUUCAGGGAUGGGUCCGCUCCUUUCGACCCCAAAAACAGAAUCUUUUCCUGCAUGUGAACGAUGGAAGCUCUCUGAAGUCCUUACAAGUUAUCGCUCCAGCAGGGAUGAACGAUCCGUUGCUCGGCUUCGGCUGUGCUGUUGAAGUCAAAGGGAUCCUGAAGAAAAGUCCCCACUCCAAGCAGCCGGUCGAGCUGGAAGCCGAACAGAUCCGGGUCAUUGGAGAAUGCAACCCAGUGGAUUUCCCCUUUAAAAUCAAAGAGCGCCACAGCCUCGAGUACAUCCGCCAGUUUCUUCACCUCAGGUGUCGAACAAAUGCCUUCAGCUCUCUUCUGAGGAUACGAAGUGAGGCCACCGCUGCUGUCCAUUCUUAUUUUAAGAACAAUGGUUUUUUACUGAUUCACACUCCAACUAUCACCUCUAAUGACUGUGAAGGAGCAGGAGAGCUCUUCCAGGUGGAGCCGCCAGGCACGACGUUUGCAAAUGAAGGGAGUUUUUUUUCUGUACCGGUGUACCUGACUGUAUCAGGACAGCUGCAUUUAGAGGUCAUGUCAGGAGCAUUUCCUAGAGUUUACACGUUUGGGCCGACUUUCCGGGCAGAAAACUCCCAGAGCCGACGUCACCUGGCAGAGUUCUUCAUGGUGGAGGCGGAAAUCUCCUUCACAGAAUCCAUCGAGGAUCUGACCAAGGUCAUGGAGGAGCUGUUCAGGUCAGUCACAGAGUCUGUGCUGGCUCACUGUGAGGAGGAUGUGGAUUUGUUUCACAAAUACGUGGCUCCUGGACACAGGGACACCUUGGACGACAUGCUGAGGAAGAGCUUUCCUGUGAUAACCUACACUGAAGCCAUUGACAUCCUGAAGCGCAGUUCGGAAACUUUUACCUUCCCCACCGAUUGGGGUUGUGACCUGAUGACAGAACACGAGAAGUUCCUGGUGAAACAUUGCGGCAACAUUCCAGUGUUUGUCACUGAUUACCCCUAUGACCUGAAGCCCUUUUAUGCAAGAGACAACCAGGACCAUCCCAAGCAUACAGCAGCUGCAGUGGACCUCCUCGUGCCAGGAGUCGGAGAGCUCUGCGGGGGCUCGCUCAGAGAGGAGAGGCUGGAUCUGCUGAGGUCUCGGCUGGGAGAGUGUGGUUUAGAAGACACCUACAGCUGGUAUCUGGACUUGAGACGGUUUGGCUCGGUUCCUCAUGGUGGCUUCGGAUUGGGGUUUGAGAGAUAUUUACAGUGCAUUCUUGGUGUCGACAACAUCAAGGAUGUUAUUCCUUUUCCGAGAUUUUCCCAUUCUUGUCUCCUUUAAAAUAAAAAUAUUAAAAUAAAAA